AGGAGAAAGACUCGGACGAGCGUCUGGACGUGAGGCAGUUUGUAGGUUCUGGCUGGGAAAGUAGCGUACGCGGCAGAGAUCGCAGAGGGGGGCGCAAGAAGACGAGUUCGGCAUUCAUAAUUUGGCAACUGUGGGACUCGGUGAGUAAGCAUGGGUGUGAGCAAGGGCAACUUGACGGAAGAGUGCGUUGGAGAUGGGGUGUUCCUCUAUACUUUGGAGCGCGGGGGCGUGCGCGCCGUCUUCACCAACUGGGGCGCCACGCUCAUGUCGCUGUGUGUGCCUGAUGCACGAGGAGAAAUCGGUGAUAUUGUCUUGGGUUUUGACACCUUGGGCCCUUACACGGAUGGCACAUCACCAUAUUUUGGAGCAAUAGUUGGUCGCGUUGCAAACAGGAUCGCGCGCGGCACUUUCAUCCUCGAUGGGGAGCGCUUCACAUUGCCAGUUAACAAUGGACCCAACUCCCUGCAUGGUGGUUACGUCGGGUUUGACAAAGUUUUGUGGGAAGCGAGGAAGGUGACGGACGGCAAUGGCCCUUCAGUACAGUUCACUUACCACAGCCAUGACGGUGAACAAGGGUAUCCGGGUGACCUUGAUGUCUCCGUGACUUACACCCUAAGCAGCGAUUGUGAGCUCCGGACAGAAAUGGAGGCCAAGCCAGUGAACAAGGCUACUCCUGUGAAUCUUGCCCAGCAUAGCUAUUUUAAUCUCGCGGGCCAUGGAAGUGGGGAUGUGCUUCAACACCGUGUGCGGUUAUGGAGCACAAGCUACACUCCCCUGGACGACACCCAAAUUCCAACGGGUGAAAUUGUACCAGUUCGAGGCACCGCGUUUGACUUCACUGAAGAGGCAUCCAUCGGCAGCCGCAUCAACGACGUCCCUGGAGGAUACGACCACAACUUCGACCUCCGAAGCGGCCUCGAAGAUCCUGCAGGGGAUUUGCAUCCUUUGAAUGGAGGUGACUUGCUCGGGGAUGGACUCCGCAUCGCCGCCAAGGUCUGGGACCCCGUUAGCAGGCGCGCCAUGGAGGUCUUCACCACGGCACCUGGAGUCCAGUUCUACACCGGCAACUAUGUGGAUGGGAUAGUUGGCAAAGGCGGAGCUGUGUACAACAUUCACGCAGGCCUGUGCCUUGAGACUCAAGGAUUUCCUAAUGCUGUCAACGACUCAAGGUUUCCUUCCAUCAUUGUCCGCCCCGGUGAAACCUACAGGCAUGUCAUGGUGCACAAAUUCUACACCCAGUCUUGAGUAGUCGUGAUGUUUUGAAGCCGAUGCAUACUCCUCGGAGGCUCUUCACAACUGUACAUUCUCGUGAAGCUCUAUUAUGAGGAGGAGCGGAGCCAGCAUGCAGCGGACUAACCUGGUUAGACUUCUUCACUUUUGUAUAGUAGCGCGGAAAUGACACCGUGAGGGUUCAGCUCUGGAUUAAAUGCCAUGUUGUGCGAAUGUGUACCAGGACAGGCUCAUCUGCGAAUCAUUAAACUUCGCAAUCCAUGCUAUUUUUAAUCUUUGCCCUUGCGAUCUUAGCUGUCUUCGUCAUUCCUCUUGCAAUUUAUUCUAUUUUGCAUCUUUGCUCUUGCAAACUUAGCUAUCAUCGUCUUAGCUCUUGCAAUCAUUGUACGUAACCACCUUUACUGCGCCAUCUUUUUUGUUC